AUGUCAUUUAAUAGAUUCAUAAGUGAAAAGGAAAUAGAAGAACAAAAAGACUUGUAUGGUGGUAAAGCAAGAACAUCGGCCGCAGAGAAUGAUGGUAGAACACUAUUUGAAAGACUACAAGAACAAAAGAAUUUAAAGGAUAGUGCUUGGAGUGAGAAACAUAAAGAUAAGGCAUCUGAAGGAUUAAACGAUGAUGAUAUAAAAUAUUUCCAAGAGCAAGAGAUGGAAAAAGAGGAAAAGAAAAAAAAAGAAGAACAAGAGGUUGCAAGAGAGAUGGAACAAAUUAAAAAAGAAAGAUUGGCUACCAAAAAAGUAACUCCUCCUAAAGAUAUAUCCACUGAUCCUAGCAUUCUCAUUAUCGAUCAACUUGUCGAUACCACCAAUACAACAACAACAAAGAAAUCACAAAUUGGAAAUUCAUUUAUCAAAGUUAAACGAAAAAGUAUUGUUGAUGAAGAGGACAGUGAAAAUAAUAAUACCAAGGAUAAUAGUAAGAAUAAUACCAGUACGAUAAAUGCCAAAGAAAAUGAUAUAAAGAAACAAAAGUUGCAAGAAGAUUCUUCAUCAUCUUCAACUACAGAUACUGCAGUGGCAUCAUCAUUGUUUGCAUAUGAUUCAUCAGAUGAAGAAGAAGAGGAAAAUAAAAAAGAUGAUUGA